AGAGGGGAACUGUCCGCGCGCGCAAAAAGGCUAAAAACAGAAUAAAGGAAAGCAAAAAACAGUCAGCAAAUACCAUCAGAGAUCGCAAGCUCUUGUACUGUUAUUGUGACCUGUAGCUCAUUAAUCUCGGUGUCCUGUGCUCGAAGCUGCCCACGCACAGCUGAACAGACAGACAGCGAGAGAGAGAGAGAGAGAGAGAGAGAGAGAGAGCGAGCGCUUUUUCAUCCAGUGUGAAUUUAGAGAGCAGCACUGACUGAACCGGAGAGCACGCGCGCUUUUCAUUUUCCGAUCGCGCGAUUGAUUAAAUCGCCCCGAUAAAUGGGACUCUGGACUAUUUCUCAGCUCAUUACCUGCUCAUAAAGAGAGAUUAUGUUCACUGUGGCUUUCCAGUUUCCUCUGAUCGCCGUUCUUGCAAUAUCAGGCGUUAGCGGUCAGACUGUUCACACAGACAGUGACCGCUCAGGCUAUGUGGGCACUCAGGUGGAGCUGCGUUGCCAUUUUGCCAACAGUAAACCACCGGUGAAGAUCUCACAGGUCACCUGGCAGAAGUCUUUCAAUGGCACCAAGCAGAAUGUGGCUAUCGCCAAUCCGUCUCUGGGUGUGUCCGUGCUUCCAGCUUUUAAAGACCGAGUGAGGUUCAAGAACCCGGCAGUUCGCCUUAGAACAACUUCACUGGAGGACACGACUAUCUUCUUCAAUAACCUGAAACUGUCCGACGAGGCCACUUACAUCUGCGAAUACACCACCUUUCCUGCGGGUAACAGGGAGAGCAUGGUCAAUCUUACUGUUUACGCUCGACCGAUGAUCCAGAUGAGUCUAUCCACACCCACUAUAGUGGCAGGAUCAAAAGAUAUGAAAAUGACCGUAGCAACAUGCGUGUCAGCUAAUGGGAAGCCUCCUGCUGUGAUCACGUGGGACACCGAGUUAGACGGUGAAGCAAACACUGAGGAGAUCAGGAACGCCGACGGGACGAUAACAGUACGCAGCGACUACAUCAUGACACCCAGUCGAGAAGCACAUGAGCAGCGACUCACCUGCAUCUCCACCUACAAUAAUGAUCAGCAAACAGAUAACGUUAUUCUCAACAUACAGUACGAGCCAGACGUGAGCAUUGAGGGUUUUGAUGGAAACUGGUAUAUAAAUCGAGAGAACGUUCAGCUAUCUUGCUUGGCCGAUGCGAAUCCAGCCGUUUCUACGUUUCAGUGGAGAUUUCUGAACGGCUCCAUGCCGAGUACAGCCGAGCAACGUGGAGAGACGCUAAUCUUUAAAGGCCCUGUAACCUAUGAGAUGACGGGGACAUACAUGUGUGAUGCCACUAACAGCAUCGGUACGGGUUCAGCAUCAGUCGAGGUGAUUAUAACAGAGUCCCCUAGCUCCACACAUGCUGAGCAACAGCGAGCAGGCGCUGCUAUUGGUGGAGCUGUUGUGUGUGGUACAGUGCUGCUGGCAGCCAUUAUAUUGUUGGUGGUCUUCUUUCAUCGGCAAAGGCGCACGUUUAAAGGGGAUUACAGCACCAAAAAACAGGUCCUGGCCAACGGCUUUGGCAAAGCAAGCGACUUGUCGUCGUGCCCCUCUCUGCCUCAGAGCCUGACCUAUCCCGAAGAUCUGAACUACCCUGAGGAUGAGAAGAAGCCUGAACUUUAUGGAGGCCCCAGUUUCUUAGGUGAAAGUAUUCCAGAGUUUCAUAACCAUCCUUCCAACAGCAUGAAGACCUACAGUCCGGCGGAGGAGAACAAGAGGUUGAGAUACAAUGAACAGAGCUACAGGGAUGGCUUUGGGUCUGAAUUGGAAGUCUCAGUGGAUAUGGUUCCUCAAAAGGAUGGGUCUGUCAUCUCUAAGGAGGAGUGGUAUGUGUGAAAAGAAAACGAAGGAGGAAAAAAUCUUUUGUAUAUAAUUCAUCGACAUGUCAUCGUUCGAAUUCCUUCCUGCUAGUAAAUAGAGCUUAAAAUCCAAAUAAAUGGGUCAACUUUAUUUAUAUUAACCUCUGGUGUUGUAAUGCAGUCGAGAAUUAUGGGCAUUCGUCAACCUCUCUCUGGUCCUGUUUCUGAUUUGUCACGCACCAAAGUGAAUUACACCACAGUGCUGGUAAAUUCUCCAACAUGAUUGACCUAAAGAUGAUAAAGAAAGUUAUAUACAUACAGCAGCUCUGACACUAGUUCCAGCUACAAGGAAAAUGAUUAUGUGUUAGUUUGAAUACAUUAUUGUUUCUGUGGUAAAAAAAAAAAAAGAAGAAAAAGAAGAAGAAGUCAUGGGGGCUUUUACAUAAAACAAGUGUUACAUAAAAAUAGUGUUAAUAACAAAGAAAGCCAAUCACUGAUAAGGUGAAUAUUUUGAUUUAGAAGAUGUUUAUCUCACAUUUUUGGAAGGAGUCUCCAGUGUCACUCUAUAAAAGUCAGAGGUUACAGUACAGUUAUUAAUUUCAAGAGAAAGUGAAGGAGCGACUGUUUUUUGCUGCUGUAGCAUGCGUGAUAACAGGAACUAGCUUGUUUUUUUAAAUUACAAACAAAUUAAUAAUAUAUAAUAAUAUAUAAGAGGGAUUAAACAGUACAGGAUAUGUGGUUACAGAAAAAAUAAUCAGUUUCAGGCUGGAAAUGGUGGCUAUUGUGUUUUAUUCCUUCCUUCCUUACUUCCUUUGACCCUUUUUUGGAUACUGUCAGUAUUCAUUGUUCAUUGUUAGCACUUAAUAGAGCAGAUAAUGGCACUUUUGAUAGACUUCAUAUAUAUUUAAGUAUGAAUGAAAAGCAUGUUGUGUUGGGAAUCUUUUUUUCCCAGCUCAGCUCACAUACCCUGCACAGCCGAUUCACUCACGCCUGACCUUGGCUUUUAUCAGGACACGGUCACAGAGUGAGACAGUUGAGGAUGAGUAAAGUCAGUGAAGUCUAAACAUCUAGUGGUGGCAAGAAAAGUGUGUGAGAGGUCACAGCACUUCACACGCAUACAGAACGGGUUCAGAAUGAAAUUUUUCAGGCACUUUCUUUACUGUGAAGAUUUUUGCACUGUCGCUGUUAUUCUAGUAGAUAUCGUAGAUGUUUUUUUAAAUAAGAGGACAAAAUGUCAAAUUUCAACAUAAAAAAAAGUGUCAACAGACACUAAAAAUCAACAACAUAAAAGAAAAAGCAGUUUAUUAACACCAAACGAAACAUAGAGCAAGUUUCUGCAAGCACAGCCACAAAAACUUUUUACGACUGCUUUCUAAUAAACUGUGAUGAGGCAAAACACAUGGAUUACUGACUUGGCAUUUCCAUUGUUACUUUCCUAACAAACAGAGCUUCAUGACAAUGCCAAACAGUUUUUUUUUGUGUCAGACAUAAUGAAGUGAGCUGGUCGAAAAUUGAAAUAGAUUACAAUGUUUAGCUAAAUACUGCAAUAACAAUCGACGUGCAGUUCAUACACUCAUGCCUGAUUACCCCUAACAUGAAGUUGAAUAGGUUGUGUCCAGCAUACAAAAUGAACCCCAGGAAACAAAUACGUGUCUAAUCACAAGGUCACAUCAGUAAAUAUACCUGUUUGUAUCAGAAGAGCAAAAUCUGAUGUUUUUCAAUGCUUUUCGGCAUCUGAUAUGAUUGACUGCGCCAGAAGCCUUUGGUAAACAGUGAAGAUUUAGGUGCAGGGUUUUAUAGCAUCUGUGGGAUGGAGCUUAGUUACAAAUGCACUUUUAUUUCCCAAAGUGUUAGUGUGAGUGCUCAGAGUGAGACUUAUAUCAUUGUGUUGUUAAAUCCAGGCCCAGAUGGUGUCGUGAUGUGUAGCUGAAUUAUGCCUGAAGCCAGACUCCAUUUAGAUUUUUACAUAUUGUUACUGCAUUAAAGGUGCAGUUUGUAAUGUUUAAACAUGUUUCUUUCUGUUGUAAUUAUAGUCAUAAAAUAAUUACCCACGGUUUUUGUUUACUUUUUUGCUGGCUGGGAGAUUAGCUCCUCCCUCACCCAGAGCAGAGCUGCUCAACACUGCUCCUCUUCCUUAUGCAUAAGCAGCAUUUCUGUGCAGUUUUGAAUGGAAGCCUAGUGUGUUUAUCCGCUUGGCGUACUUCAUUUAGGCGGUGUUAGAAGACAGCAAUCCACAGCUGCUGCAUCUUUUAGGGCUGCAGAGAAACAAAUGCAAAGGGAAGACUAUAUUCUUUAAGCAAGGAACUACAUUUUAAAGGAGAUAAGGAAAUACUGGUCCAGCUGCACAGUGAAAAUGAAUAUGUAAAUAAGAGACUGUAGCAGAAGCAACUGUAGGAUUUUUUUUCUUACUUAAGGCAUGGUCUACCAUCAACCAACCAACUGCCAUUUUAAUACCAAUACAAGACACUGAAAAUAAGUGAAAAUGAUUAUGAUGGGAAAAAUGACGUCUACGCAUCCUUUUCCUCCUGCAGUAACUCUAGUUCUCUCCUUAGCUCAGAGUAUAGCAAGCUGGCUAAUAGCUUUCAGACAGAAACAGGAGAAAUGCACACUCACGGUUAAAAACGGACGGAUCAUACUGCCGAAUUUGUUGGAAAGUAACUAUAGUGCAAUCACUGAGUAAAGCAAUGUAUACAAUCAGCUGUUCUGUAUGUAUGUUAUGAUAAUCCAAAUAAGCAUUUGGAUGUGUCACACUCAAACACACACACAAAACCUGGCUCGACAUAAUUUGUUUGCUAAUUGGGAAGACAUCACUAUGGCAUUUUUGGUUUACAGUUAAUGCAUGCUCUUAAACUUCAGCUUCUAAUUUUAUAGCUUUAAACAAGUUGUAAUAUUUAUCAUGCUACUUGUAGUCAGUCCUGUGAUAGCAGCUAAACGAUGCUGCAAUAUGUAUGUUACUCUACUGGAGCUGAAAGUGCUUAUCAACAUGUCGUGAGUGCGGAGAUUAAAUAAAUCAUCAUUGCUGAUAGAGCGCUGUCUCACAACACCGACUGGUUUAAAUCUCCUAAUCAAAUAUAGGUAAAAGUAGCAGUUGAUCAACAAAUAACAUUCCAAGCUCAAAAAUAACGUCCUAACUGCAGAACUAAAAGUCCAUUAGAUGGACCAGCUAGCUAAUCCAGCCAAUCCUAUCGUCAGGCUGUUAUUAAGCAUGUUGUUUUAUGUUGUACACUGUUGUCUGAGGUAAGGUUAGGCUUAUAGGAGAACUUGGAUCAGCUCCAGCUCUAUCUCUGGACUUUUUGAUUUUGCACACGAGGGCUAUCUUACAUCUUCCCAAUUAGCCGACAAGGUUUUUUUUUUUUUUUUCAAAGUCAUUGAAACAGAAAUGAAGCACAUUGUGCAAAAGUAUGUGUGCCGUCUCAGGAAGCUGUGACCAUAUAGGGAAAGGAAACUGGCUGGGGGUGACAGUCGCUUGUGCUGAGAGGAUGGGAUCAGUUCGGCUGUAAAAGCAAACAAAUUUAUCACCAGAUUAAAACAAAGCUGAGCUAGACAAAAUGGAUGAUGAAUUAAUUCUGAAACACGAGAUAUAAACUGAAGUAGUGGCAAUUCAACUAUCAUUUAGCAUCAAAACAUGUCUAGUAAAUGUAUUUAGUACAAUCAUGUCCAAUCUUAUCAGCAGAUGGUGGUGAAAACAUACAAAGGCUGCAAGCUGGUUAAAUAUCUGCACUUCAGACUCCAUAAUAGUUACUAUUUUAGAGCUGCAUGAAUUCCUUAUGGUUUAUAGAUAUAGAUAUAUACAGCAAGAUGCUGUGCAUGCGUUGCAUUAUCAACUCCACCAAAGACUCUUACAGAAGUUAACUUGUUCUACCAAAUGACAGAAAAGCUCUUAAAUUCAUUCAUGGUUUGAUGUGUAAGAUGUAAUUUAUUGACUUAAAAACACACUAAAUCUGUUCUUGUACAUAUUUGUUGUAUAAAUGUCUUGUAGUGUAACUGGUUCUGUGCAAAGGGAAAGCAGUAAAACAUGUAUAAUGUGUAUAUGUUGUGCUCAAAUACAGUUCUUUUCACCAAAGUGUUAUAUAUUCCUGAAAUGUGAUGACUUUUUUUUUUUCUUUUGCUUUUGCACAUGGAUAUAAUUACUCUGUAUACUGUUUUGUAAAUAAUUGAAAUCUGUUGAGUGCCGUGCAAUAAGUCACUAUUGUGAAAUUACUUAUGCUGUACAAUAUACUGUAUAUUUCCACUGGCAUGUCAUUUGUUAAAUUAAUGCAUCAUUUUCUUGUGGGUGUAAUUGUAUUUUAUAGUUUAAGUGUAGCCUGCAUAUGUAUUUGUUGGGAUUUCUGGGCAUAAGCACAUGAAUUGUUCUUUUGCAAAUAAAAAGUGAAAAUUCAUCCGUAC